AUGUCUGAUUCACUUUCGAUUAUAGUUGAGCCCUCCCCAAAAGUUGGGCUGUCGGUUUGGCACUCUCCUAUGGAAGAAGCAAAAGGUAGUCGCUUGCGAGAAUCUGCCAUUAGGGCUGACACAUCUCUAUCCGUGUUCCAAAAGAUCGUUGCAGAGAUCUUGGGUUCGUUCAUUCUCAUAUUUGCAGGCUGCGAGGCUGCUCUUGUCGACAAAAUACAAACGCUCACGACUGUGGGUAUAGCAGCUGUGUGGGGUUUAACUCUAAUGGCCCUUAUAUAUGCACUUGCACACGUCUCUGGUGCUCAUUUUAAUCCUGCAGUUACCAUUGCCUUUGCUGCUGCCUCUAAAUUUUCAUGGAAACAUGGUCCAAUGUAUGUCUUGUCUCAAGUGUUGGGUGCAGCACUUGCAAGUCUAACCCUCAGAGUAUUGUUUCAUGGCCAAGACAAUACUCGUGCAGCAACGACUCAGUACUCGAAUUCAACUACAGACCUGGAAGCCAUCGCAUGGGAAUUCAUAAUUUCAUUUAUUCUAAUGUUCAACAUCUGUGGCGUUGCUUCUGAUCACAGAGCAGUACGAUGA